AUGAUUUUCGAUUGUCCCAGUACAAGCUCCGUGACCAAGUUUGUUUUUUUUUUCUUGGAAAAAAGGCUAUAGAAAGCACAGAGACUGAAAUUUUUCAGCCAGUACGAGUUGAAUUUUUCAACGACCAGCGGAAGAAGUUGGAACGAUGAGAUGAGAGAAAAUAAGAGAAACCCGACUCUGGUUCAUCCGAUUUCUGUGAGACCUCUUUCAAAUAUGCAGCCGGCUUUUCCGAAGAACGUGGCACCGUCCGUUUGCGGCGUUUGCAACAUGGCCGCAAGCGGUUAUCACUACGAUGUCGGUAUUCUUUUUCCUAUGGUUUCUGAACGCUUCCCGCCUUCCUUUUUGAUAACCUUGCGCCUUUCUUCUCCUUGUUUUAGAAGUCGAGAAAUUCAGGUGCCUUCUUGCAACGGAUGCAAGACAUUUUUUCGAAGGACUAUCAUUGCGAAGCGAGUGUACGAGUGUAAAAAUUCGGGCAACUGCUAUGAUGUGACAGAAAAAAGUAGAUAGAAGCGUUAAAAAUUCCCUGUAAGCUAAAGUUCAGAAAAGGUCAAGUGCCGAUUAUGUCGUUUCAACAAGUGCGUCGAGAUCGGCAUGAACGAAAAUGGUUGGUUGAAUAUGUAGGAUAAUAAAAAAAUUAAAAAAAGAAUUGUCCAGCCAUCCAAGUGCGAGAUCCGUCCGAAGACGGCAAACUUUUCUUCAUAAAAAGAAGGAACGAUGGCAAUGACGUCUCGAUUCCCAAGGUAUCGGAAAUAACAGACAUGUUUCUGAAUUGGCUAAUCGAAUAUUCAGAUACAAGUUCUUUCCGUAGAGCGCUCGAUAGAAAGGAUGAUUGAGCAAUUAAUGUAUCUUGAAUUGAAACUCGACAUUUUUCGCCGGUCUUCCUUCAACCCUGACCCAAUGGCUUCUCAGUCGCUGGCAGCCACCCUGAAGACUAGCUCCUGCUUGUCUCUGGGAGACAAGUACGAGGUCAGAGUCACAAUUUCUCGUACCCGAGUAACCUCCAACUGCCUUUCAGCCAAUACAAACUGAAAUCGGCGAUGAUAAUCGUUACAAGUGCGUACGUUCCAUAAACUUUGAAAGCUGAGAUGAUUACAGGAGAAAAAAACAAUGGCCUUUCUUUGACUUGCUGACAACUGUGGAAUAUGCGAAAUCGUUCAUGUUCUUGCACAGACUAGAUGAGCAAGACCAGGUGGGUUGAAGGGGGCGCAGCUCGGGACUCCACAGUGUUCCAAAACAGACGAGUGCAGGCGAAAGAAAUGGUCUUCAAAAAGUGGUGAAAACGCGAGUUCCUUCUAACGCAACGCUGUGUGGUGCGGGUCAACCCUCAAAAAAAGUCAAAAAAAUUUGAUUCACUUUUUAAUACGGUUUUUUUCUAGUUUUUUUGCGUAUUUUUUUUAUAAUUUGGAUUUUUUCACAUUUUAUUUUAUCUAGAAACGUGUUUAUCGCGUUUUACAAAGAUUUGAAGUGAUUUUCGAUUGUUUCUGUCACAUAAAUUCCCAUUAAAACGACAUUUUGAUGAUAAAUUAAUUCACACAAGAUAUUUAAUUUCGUUUUUUUUUGUCUCAGCAUCUUCAAAAAGACUUUCUCAAGAAAAAGCAUCUUGAGAUUUUUUUCAGAACUUUUUUUGAGACAGUAUUUGACGAGUUUAUUAUUGAAAAUGUCAUUUUGGUGAUAAAUUUUUUCGCAUAAGCUUUUCAAAUUUUAUUUGACGAACGUUCCUCGGAAACGACAUAAUGAGGGAUAGUUUAAAAUUUGCAAAAGCUAUUCCGUCUCUUUUUCCAUUUAAUUAGAUUUUUUAUCAUUUAAUACACUUCUAAGUCCUUCAAAAACUUGCAAAAUCCUAGAAAAAAAUCAUUAGAUGGUCUUUUUCUAACCACUCAAUCUACGAAACUCGACUCUGAACUCCGCGCCUCUAUUGCAAUAAACCAUGCCACUGUUGAGGUCAGUCACGCCUACUGACCACAGCUGCCGCCCGCUUGGGAACACUGUGGACCAUUUCCCUCUCGUUUCAGGUCGUUCUUCUCAAGUAUGUGGCCUUGAUUUGUCUGAACCUCAUGCAGGGGUUUUUCUCUUACAAUUUGAAGUCGGACAAAGUCAUUUAUCCAGACAUGACUUUUGCUGGUCCUCUCAAUUGGUUUUCAAAGUGCAAAAUAGUCUCUCAGUCUUCAUGUCUUGAAGGGAAGACCAGAGAGUGAGCAGCUACCGCAAGGAGAUGCAGAAGCUGACGAUCGUCAUGAUGAGAAACGUGGUCGACAAGGAGGAAUACGUACUUCUGAAGGCUAUCAUGCUUUGCAAUCCCGGUAUGAAGUUGAAAUGAUUUUUUUUCCUGUGUGGCAUCUGAAAAGACAGUUCUCCCACUUUUUGAUAGUCAAACGGAAAAAUGAAUCAAUCGCUUUUCCAUUUGACUAUCAAACAUUGGAAAAAAAAAAUUUAUUUACGGCUUUCUAGAAAUUUUUCUGUAGCCUUUUUUGAAAUUACGUAUUUCCUGCAUUUAGUGGACUAAUAAUAGAUUUUUCUGCGAAUAAUCAUCAAUAUAGUCUGUUCAUAUUUUUAAUGUCAAGUGCAAUGACGUCAUUCAAAAACACUCUGUGGAUGGCUCGCUCUCUGAUUGGUUUAUCGCCCCAUUGUGGGCGGAGCUUGAGCGACGACUUGACAUUCAAAAUCUGAACAGACUAUAUCGAUAUCAUUUUUUUCACUUCAAUAUCUUCUUUUUUCAAUCAAUUUUUUAAAAGCUGAAAUUUUUCAUUUUUUUUUUAUAAAGAAACCUUUUUAGGAAAGAUGAACUACUUCCGAAUAUCAUUCGAAGAAAAUUUGAGUGUUUCAGCGGUCCUAGAGCUCUCGACUGGAGCGCAGGAGCUGCUGAAGCAAGAGCGUCAAAAGUACUCAAAGACGCUUUUCUCCUAUUGCUUGAAGAAGCAUGGACGCUCGGCCGGUCCAUCGCGUUUCAUGACCCUUCUCGCAUUUUCUGACGUCCUAGAACACCAACAGAAGCACUUGAAAGAUCGACACGUGCUCCAAUGUCUUCGAGGUCGGCCCUACGCCAUCAACAAACUCACCAUGGAAAUUAUGCAAUGA